GAGUGCGGAAUGCGGAAGAGCACUUUUACAGCCCACCACAGCCAUAAAGUCAGAAUUAGCUAUAUUGUAAAAAAUCGUGAAAACAAAAAUGUUAUUUUUGGUAUUCAUUUAAGGUCUGACAUAAGGGUAUCAAGUGUGGUUAUCGUUAGGGUUAGGUUUAAAAUCAGUUUUUAAGAAGAGAAAUUGUAGAAAUAGGUGGGGUUAAUGACUGGCUGUGGUAACUAGUGACUACCCCCCCCCCACACACACACAGGGCGUGUCUGUCUUUGUAAAUUACAUAUUUCAGAUGGUUAGCUGAAACUUGUCUGUAAACCACCCACUGAAGUCACCUGGCUGUAGAGAGAAAGAGAACUACCUGACAUUGACAAAUAACCAUUGAUUGCUCUGCCAGCCUGCCUUUCCCACCUGUUACAAUGGCAUCAGUGUCUGUGGCCAACACCAAUUUCUCUCUGGAGCUGUUCAAGAAGAUCACAGAGCACAACAAAACAGGCAAUGUCUUCUACUCCCCUCUCAGCAUCUGCUCUGCCCUGGCCAUGGUGUCCCUGGGAGCCAGAGGUAACACUGCUACCCAGAUGUCAGAGGUCCUCUGCUUUGUCAAAGCAGACAAAUCUAAAAAGGCUGACCCAGGACUACUCCAGCAAGUACAAAAGCCCCAGCUUCCGCUGGCUCUGAAGUCCCUGCACCUCCACAAAGCUACGGAUAACGUCCAUGUCGGCUUCAACAAACUCAUGAGUGAACUGAACAAGAAGGGAGCCCCGUACGCACUGAGCCUGGCCAAUCGCCUGUACGGCGAGCAGUCUUACCAGUUUGUUCAGACUUUCCUCGGCGACACCAAGAAGCACUACAAUGCCGAGCUGGAGGCUGUGGACUUCAAGUCCAAUGCGGAGACUGCCAGACAGAACAUUAACGCCUGGGUGGAGAAGCAGACCGCAGAGAAAAUCAAGAACCUAUUGGCGGAGGGGGUUGUCGACCAACUGACCAGACUAGUGUUGGUGAACGCCAUCUACUUCAAGGGCAACUGGGAGAAGAAGUUCAAAGAGAGCAGCACCAGCGAUGCCCUGUUCAAAUUGAACAAGAAUGAGAGUAAGCCAGUGAAAAUGAUGCAUCAAAAGGCCAAGUUCCCCCUGACCUUCAUCCCAGAGGCCAACUGCCAGAUUCUGGAGCUACCCUACGUAGGGAAUGAACUGAGCAUGCUCAUCAUGCUACCUAAUGAGAUUGAGGAUGACACCAAUGGUCUGAAGAAGCUAGAGAAGGAGCUGACUUACAAGAACCUUGUGGAGUGGACCAGGCCUGACAUGAUGGACACGGUGGAGGUUCAGGUGGGCCUGCCCAAGUUCAAGCUGGAGGAGAGCCUGGACCUGAAGGACUUGCUUGUCAGCAUGGGCAUGACGGACGCCUUCGACCACUCCAAAAGCGACUUCUCGGGCAUGUCGCCCGUCAACGACCUGGUGCUGUCCAAGGUGAUUCACAAGGCCUUCGUGGAGGUCAACGAGGAGGGAACGGAGGCAGCGGGCGCCACGGCCGCCAUCAUGAUGAUGCGCUGUGCCAUGAGGACGCCCACAUUUGUCGCCGACCACCCCUUCCUCUUCUUCAUCCGCCACAACCCCACCCAGAGCGUUCUGUUCUACGGUCGCUACUGCUCCCCUUAGGGGCUAUAUAGGAAAUGGAACAUGCCAUGUGGAGGGAGGAAGGGCUUUUUAAUAGUAUAUACUGCAGCAGCUACAUCAAUAUCCCAUCUGUGUGCUUGAUUAUAUGCUUUGAUGUCAAUGCCUUACCAAAGAAUUGAAGAGUCAAGUGUAUUUGUGAUGAAAUUAGGUUUGAGGAAUUUAAUGAAUUUCUUACUGGCCUGAUGUUACGAACAACACAUUUUGCCUUAUCAUGAUGUUUCUCUACUUUCCACCUACUUCAACACACUGAAGUGCAAUUAUCCUCAAACAUUUUUAUUUUGUGUUCUGAUAAUGAACUCUCCUAGUCUUCUGAUGUGCUCACGACUCUUUUUAACCUACUGUUCAUGUGGUAAGCUAUACUGGUGUUUUCUUUUCAAAUUAAGCAACUAUAUGAAAGUUUACAGGAAAUAAAGAUAUGAUAAGUGUG